AUGGCAAUUUACUCGUUUUGGAUAUUCGAUAGACAUUGUAACUGUAUCUUUGAUAGAGAAUGGACGAUACCAGCGGAUAGUUCUAGUGGAAUCACGAACUCUAAACAAAAUGAGGACACUGCAAAACUAAUCUAUGGUAUGAUAUUUUCAUUGCAGUCUAUGUCAAGAAGAAUGUCUUCCAAGUCUAAUACAGUGAGAACUAUAGCUACUGGAAAAUAUAGAAUACAUUUACUAUCGACGAUCACAGGACUUUCAUUUGUGCUAUUUAGUGACUUAAAGCAGCAAGAUCUAUCCCAAUUACUGCAGUAUAUUUACAGUGAGAUUUAUGUGAAGUACGUGGCAAGGAAUAUGUUAUCACCAAUAGACUAUGCUGAGAAUGAUAGUGAGAAAAGGGGCCAAGGUUUCCGGAAAAUUAAUAACAGGAAUUUCAUUAAGGCAGUCCAAGAUGUGCUUGGGCCGAUGGUUAAUCAAUAA